AUGGACACUCGUGGGCGGAAGUCGAAGAAAGCUGAGGCAAAGUCAUGUACUUCUAACGUGACUCCAAGCGAAAGUUCUGUUCUGCCACCUCAGCAGUGUAAAGCAGUAUCACCAACUGCCUUGCAAGAUUUACAAGUUGCGAAGAUGCUUCUUGAGGCCGAAAGGGAGAAAGUUAAAAGUCUUCAGGAAACAAUAAAACAUCUACAAGCAGACAAGGAAUUCCUAAAGGAUCAGCUUUCUCGAAUGACAGCCUCAUCUUCAAGCCUUUCAAGGUCCUCAAGCAUUUCAGGAUCAUCUACAGGUGCUCCAAAAGGAAAAGGAAAGAAGGCUAUUGGAACAGAGGAAGAGUCAAGUGGAGAGAUAGCGGUUCUGUCUUCAGAAUCUUCAACCAUUGAUGACUCGGAUGAUGAGGAGAUGAAGCCUCCUUCAAAGGGCAAGAAAGCAAGAUCUACAAAGCAAGAUGAUCUGGGGCGCACUCGAACAAAAACGGUUCGUGGAGUAAUACUGCGUUACAAGCGUGCUCUACAAGCCUUUAACCAAGGUGGGUCAAUGAAGAGGGCUUUCCAGAAAGUGGGAGUGGACCGCAAUACCAUCUCCAGGACCUCACCAAUUGCUGAGCUUGCCCUAGCAGCACCUGGUGUCUUUCAGGCUCUCCCCCCAUGGAAUUCUCAAGUCGAGAAAUUGUCCACAUUUGUGGACAGGUGUCGAGAGGCCACAAAUGAUGAAAUCAAGGAAAAAAUCAUACAGAUGAAAGCAUGUGGAGAACUGUUACCUAUGACUCACUGAGGUGUAGUUCAGUAGUAAAAAUGUUGUUCAGUUCAGAAGAAAUUUGUUCUUUUUGAGGGAGCAGAUUUUCCAGAUUUUCUUAAAUUUUUGAAACUUGUUUUGUCAAGUUAAUUUUCUUUAA